AUGGUAGUUAGAUAUAUGCUACGAUCAGUGAUCCAUAAAUUACCUUAUUCUGAUCAUUUACCAUCCAUUGUUGAUACUAUUUUACUGGAAAAUAAACCUAAUAAUAAUAAUAAUAACUCCAACCCUACUAAUAAUGAUUUAGAUUUAAGUAUAACUCCACUAUCACCAUCUUCUCCUAAAGAAAGAAUUCAUUCAAAACUUAUUAAUAAUAGAUCUACUCUAAAUCCAGUUGAUGAAACUGAUGAACUUGAAUAUGAUCGUCAACAACAACAAUUAGAAGCUUUACAAGAAGUUGAAAAUGAAGAUGAUCUUGAAGGUGGUGGUGGUCAUCUUCUUAAUGAAGAUUAUUUAGAUGAUGAAUUAACUGCCGUUAAUUAUUUAAAUUAUGUUGAUACUUGUGAAACUAUCCCAACUUAUACCAAUUUAGGAAUUAAUAAAUUAAGUGGUAAUCGAUCAGUAUUAAAUACUCAUUCUAGAAGAGAAUCAUUAAAUAUUAAUCAGAAUCAAACUAAUAAUAUCAAUCCUCCUCAAUUACUUCAACCAUUCCCCGAUAAUGGUAGUACCACUUUAAUUGAUUCAACCAAUUCAUCAACCGUAUCAAAUGGUAAAUCAAAACCAAUUAAAGAUAAUCCAAAUCAAUCUAUGGAAGAACGGAAUUUACGUAUUAAACAAUAUUUAAAUGAUCAAAAUACUAAAUUUGAUCAAUUAAUUAAUAAUAAUUUAAGUAUUGUAUUUAAAGAUUGUCCUCCCAAUGAUAAUAAUCAUGAUUUAGAAAGUGUUUACAGUAAUCAAUCUAAUUAUUAUGAUUCGACUUAUGAAUUCAAUAAUAAUGAAGAAGGAGAAUCGGAUCAAUCAUCAUCUCAAUCACCUCAAAAUAAACAUCAUAGUUUAAUGUAUUAUGUUUAUAUUAAUACUACUAAUAAGUUAUUAUCUAAUGUUCCAUUUGGAUCUUAUUUGAUUAAACGAAGAAAGAUCUCCUUACCUUUACCAUCAUUUGUUAAAGGUACAAAUGAUGAUGCUAGUAGUAGUAAUGCUACUAUGUCUAAUAUGUAUAAGACUCCACCUAUGUCAACUACUGAUUUUAAUGACCAACUUGAAAAUAAACCAGAUCAAGAUCAAGAUGUUGAAAAUCAAAUUGAACCAGGUGAAGAUGAAGAACAAAUGGAACAACAAGUGUUACAAGGGUUAAAACUUGAAUUGUUUCUUGAUUCCUUAGAUCAACAAACUAAAUUGACAUUAUUUAAUCAAUUACAAUCUGAAUUUACAUCAACUAAUACCAAUACUAAUAUCAAAUCUCCUCAAUCAAGUAAUUUCAUCGAGAUUAAAUAUAAUGAAGAUGAUAUCUUUUUAGAUAAAGUUCAAACCUUCUUAUUAAUUUCCGUCAAGAUAUUCAUCACUAGUUUAAAAUUAUUCAUUCCUAUAAGUCAAUAUUUAUAUUAUAAAUUCAAGAAUAAUCAACUUUAUAUUUUUAAUAAUCAUAAUUUAAUCAUUUUAUUUAAUAAGAUGUUAAAAUGUAUGGAUUAUAUCGAGACGAAAUUAAAUAUGAAUGAUGAAUUGAUUGAUAAGAUUUAUAAUCAAGAAUAUAUUGAAAAAGAAAUGAAAUAUAAAUCCAAUAAUCAACAAGUGCAACAUAAUCCCUUGCAUGUGAAUUAUAAUAAUGUUGAAGGUGGAGGUCAAUCUAAUGGUGGUGCGGGUGUUCCUCAUGAAGAACAAUUUGAUGAGAUUUAUCAAGAUUUAUCAUUGAAUUUAUCCAAGUUUAUUAAUGAUCAAAUUAUGGAAAAUAUUAUUAAUAAUGAUAAAUUUAAUAUUAUUAAUAAUAAAUUUGAUGAAUCACUGAAUCUUGAUUCAAUUUGGAGGAAAUCAAUCAUGGAUUAUUUAGUAGCAAGGUACUUGAAGUCUAAUCAAACGUCUAGUUCCACUGCUCCUAAAAAGAAGAUCCCUCCACCUCAACAAUUAUUAAGGAAAGAUCCAAAUUUAGUGAAAUAUUUUUCCCCCAGAUCUUCAAGUCCAGCAACUGGUGGUGAAUCAAUGAUAGGAGCUUCAUCCCCAACUCGUCCAACAUCUUCAAACUUAAGAGGUAGAACUAAUCCUCAUCCCUUAUCAAAGAGUGAUUCAUCCUCUAGUAGUGAUGACAACUUGAAUGAUAUGUCAGUAUUUGGUAUUGCUCAACAAUUUGCCAGUGAACUUAAUUGA